CCUGAACAAAUCUUUGUUCCUUCAAAGCCAGAAACACACCAAACAUGCACUAGUUAGCUCCCCUGUUUCUCUUCUCCGCCGGCAUGUCGACAAAGGACUGCGCCCACAACCACCAGCAUGAGCGGCGGAAGCUCUACCGCCGCCUCCUCAUCGGCAUCUCAUCAUUCGUAGCCCUCGUCCUAUCCCUUGUCUUUCUUACCUGGCUCAUCCUACACCCCACCAAACCCACCUUCGUCCUCCAAGACGCCACCGUCUACGGCUUCAACCUCUCAGCUGGCCCCAACAUCAUCACGACCGAAAUCCAAGUGACCAUCGCGUCCCGAAACCCAAACGAACGCAUCGGCGUCUUCUACGACCACGUCGACGUCUACGCCACCUACCGGGGCGAGCAAAUCACCCUCCCGACGCUCCUCCCGGAGUCUUACCAAGGCCACAAAGACGUCACCGUUUGGUCCCCGUUCCUCAGUGGCACCUCCGUCCCGGUGGCGGCAUUUCUAGCCGUGGAGCUCGGCGAAGACGUGAAUGCCGGAAUGGUGAUGAUAAACAUCAGAGUCGACGGACGGGUCAGGUGGAAAGUCGGGACGUUCCUCUCCGGGAGGUACCAUUUGUAUGCAAACUGUCCCGCUUAUUUGAGCUUCCGGGGGCAAUACAGUCCAAACAGUAUUUUAGUUGGGUCAACUGCCAAGUACCAACUUGUGCAAACUUGUCAUGUUGAAGUUUGAAUUUGAAAAAUGUAAUAACAUGUAUUAUACUAUGUUUCAUUGAGGGUUCUAAAAUUGCAACAGCCUG